CCCCUCUCUAACACAUAAACAGGACAUGACAGUUACACCUAUGCAGCCUGGCGUGACUGUAUUGUCAUUGUGCUGGGAAACCAGGACAUGGAUCCCUGUUCAGAUAUGCACACAGCUCAUUGGUCGACGAGCUUGUUGUUAUGGGUAACGGAGCAGUAUAAAAGAGCUGUGACAGGCUAUUGCGUUGUUUUCGCUAGUCUGCAGCUGAUGUUUCAACCUGCGCUGGAGGCAGCCAGGACAGAUUCUGUAAAAAAGGCAAAACAGUAACAGUCACAUCAGGAACGGGUUCACACUCGGGGUCAUGUAGGACUGAAGGGGGGACGCGUGACGUCACACAUUCAGACAUUGAAAAGAAAAGAGAAUUGAAAUGUAAAUAUCGGAAAAUGAAUAACCUGAAUACCAUAGAAAUCAAGCGUAUUGUACAAAUUGGGCACCAGAGAAAUAUCAUUGCUUUCUUUCGCAAGUCAGCUACAAACGAUUUAAAUAGAAUAUUGGGUGACACACCGUACGCACAGUUAGACAACAAUGAAUCGAUUGUGCAGCUCGGGAACGAGAAUGUUGUAUGCGUUUUGUUGGGUGACAAACUCCCCCUAAACAUAUUGGUAGGAGACACGGUCGUCGUGUACGUCCCCCCUGAAUGUAACGGCAGGCCCCGAGUGUUUGUCUGCGAACAGAAAGGACCCGACAACCAGAUCGUUACUCAAUGUCACCUCAAGUCGCCACGGAUCUUUGAACGUCGGAGAUUUGCCAACUUCCGGCGACCGUGCUGUCACGUGACCAGAUCUGUCCUGCUGCCAGCUGCUUCCGGCUCCAGUAAGACAGCUGCGGGCCGUCAUACGACCUUGACCUCCCAGGAUUGCGAUGUCCUGACCAUCAGGCAUGGUGGCACUCACCAGACUCAUCCAAGGGGAAGAGGGAAACCUUGCUACAGGACCUUCACUCCUUCACUCCAGCCCAUCUCAGUUCAAAUGAGUGGCUACGUACCCUUCGUGCCUGAGAAGAUCCUUCACCGCGACUAGGAGGGUUGUAUCUCUUCCUUAUGCUGUCUCAACACGUGUGUUUCAUGAGGUUAAGGAGGGGGCCAUAUUUGUGAAUGUCGCGUGAAAAUAUUCUCAGGCAAUUUAGAAAAAAAAAACACAUUCAUUCCAGUUAGGAAUACCCUGUAGGCCAUAUUGGCUUAUAUCUAUGGCAUCUGUAUAUUGACCAUCCAUAACAUGCAAUUGCAAUGUUAGUUAAUAAAUAUAUAUAUAUUCAUCAUACUGUCAGCUUGUAAAAUAUACACGUUAUAUUUAGAAUAUACCAUGUACCCUCGUAAGCCAUAUUGGCUUAUAUCUAUGAAUUCUGUAUAUUGAUCCUUUUUAACUUGCAAUGUUAUUAUAUAUAUUAUACUGUCAGCUUGUAUUUUAUGUACAUGUAUAUUUAGUAUAGACCAUGUACCCUUGUAAGCCAUAUUGGCUCAUAUAUAUGGCAUCUGUACUUUGACCACUCAUAUCUUGCAAUGUUAUUAUAUAUAUUAUUAUA